UUUAACUCCAAAGAAGAAGAAUUUCUCAACGUUAGCCCACGUGGGUUGUUGUUUCGAAGGAUUCCGCGCUAGUUUAAGCACCAAUAACAAGAAGAUCAUGGGGAAAAAUAAACAGACGAAACCCGCAGAGGCAUUUAAACAAGGUGCUACGACUGGGCAAUAUCCAAGCAAGAAGCCUAAACGAGAUGGCAAGCCCAGACAGAAGGAUCAUCUUGAGCAGAUUCCCUUCCGCCUUCGAGAGAUUAUGAAAAGCAAGGAGAGGAUGAAGAUGGGGCCCAGCAAGGCCAAGAAAAUGAGGAAAGCUGACGCCAUCGCCCUUGCUCCCAAACCCAAGCCAGGGGAUGCUACAAUCGUAGAUAUCCCUGUUCCACACUUCCGUAGAAAGAAGAGGGAGAGUGAGAAGACGUACCUGCGGAGGAUGGGCAAUGAGGCGCAGCACGUCCUCUUCCUCACCAAGAACCAGAUAGAGAGACGGCCGGAGAGGGAGCUAGAGAAGCAGGAGAAACCUGCUGGCACCGGGAAAUGCAAGUCUGACAAGAAGAAAGAAUAUGAUAAAAGCCGGCUGGACAGGCUACAUAAAAAGAAACUGAACAGGCGGGAAGAGAAGGCAGAAAACGACAUGUUCAUAGAUGAAGUUGCCUUUGGAGAAGUUGCCAUGGCACCGCCGACUCUGAGUAUCAAGCCCAGGAAGGCACUGAUCAAGCCCCAGGGUGUGUGUAAGGGUCUCCUGCUGAACUCUCUGCUGGGCCAGACCCAGUUCUCCACAGCCAAGCCAUCCAUGGCCAGGCAGAGGAUGAUGGAGGAGGAGAGGCAGCGGGUGGUGCAAGCCUACCGCCACCUGAAGAAACAGAAGCAGCAUCGGCAAGAGGCCAAAGCAACUGGGAUAGAGAAGCUGAAGAACCUCCAGUGAGACUCCAGUGGUCCCAUUCUCUGCCUUGCUCCCUCCCCCAAGGUGUACACUUCUCACUUACACUGUUCAAAUACAGUGAUGCAAAUUUUUUUAUGUGGCUCUAUACUCCAGCUAUUUUUAUUUGAGAGCAGGUGACAGUAUUCCAAUAUUCCUUGUACACAAUGACUACAUCAAGCUUGUGACUCUACAAACUUGUUGGAUGCAUUUACAGCCUGUUCUGGUGUUUUCAGAUUACAUGUUGUCCAAUAGGAAGUGAUUGGUGAAUAAUGUAUUUUGUUUGACUCACUGUUAUUGCAAGAAUAGAUUACGUUUGUGAACACUUCUACAUUCAUGUGGAUGCUACCAUGAUUAUACCAUGAUUAGGAAUGAAUGAUCAUACCCCCCAAAGAUCAUACCCCCCCCCCCAAAAAAUGUUUGUCACCCAUUAUUGGGAAUGGUGAGAGUUUGACAUGCUUUGUUUUAGCCUCUAACUUUCUCACUCAUCAUUAUUCAUGAUUGUUGUUUUUUCUUAAUUGUGGCAUUAUUAGGAUUGAUUUAGAAGUGUUCAGAAACAUCUUAUCUACUCACUUAGUCAUUUUAUUUUCUAUUUUCAGUAAAUCAGAUCAAUAUGAAAGUACCCUCACAUUAGAGGUGAUGUUCUGUACUUUCACCUGAUACAAACAUUUUCUCAAAUUCAAAAUGCUGGAGUAUAGAGACAAAUUUUAAAUUGUGUGGACUGGUGUAAGACAUAUGGUGGAAAGUCUGUAAACCCCUGUAGCCUGUCUUUAAAUCGAUGUUUUUAAUUAAAUGGAGGUGAGUGAGCAAGUGCACAUUUCAGGGUGAAUGAUGGGGAAUUUGGCUGCAUUGAAGAUGAAGGAGCCACAUGGAGGGGACAAGGGUUAGCUCAUCUGAUCACCAGGCAGUUCAUAUUCCUUUCCCAAUCUGCAGUGAGUUUUUGUGGACACUGGGAUGGAUUCUGACUGGUAUUGAAAGGACCAGACCACCUCUGCACAUAUGGACUGUUUCUCCUUGAAUAAGUAGCUUUCCUUCCUACCUACCUGCAGGCCUUGCCAUUUAUGUCAGGUACUUCUGACGGUCAGUGCCACUGUUUUCUGUAUUAACUAUCUUCUCUUGUGGCAAUGCAUGACUGCUUUGACAUGGACUAAAUUGUGACUCUUUGGGGACAUUAAAACCUCUAACUUUCCCAUGCAGUUUGGAUGGAAUGAACUACAUACAGUGCCUUCAGAAAGUAUUCAGACCCCUUGAUUUUUUCCAUAUUUUCUUACGUUAGAGUUUUUCUCAAAUUGAUUAAAUAGUUUUUUCUCUCAUCAAUCUACGCACAAUACCCCAUAAUGACAAAGCAAAAACAGGUUUCCAUUUUUUUGUUAACUUAUUCUAAAUAUAAUAUUUACAUAGGUAUUCAGACCCUUUUACUCAGUACUUUGUUGAAGCACCUGGCAGCAAUUACAGCAUCAAAUCUUCUUGGGUAUGACGCUACAAGCUUGGCACACCUGUAUAUGGAGAGUUUCUCCCAUUAUUCUCUGCAGAUCCUCUCACGCUCUGUCAGGUUGGAUGGGGAGCGUUGCUGCACAGCUAUUUUCAGGUCUCUCCAGAGAUGUUCGAUCGGAUUCAAGUCCGGGCUCUGGCUGGGCCACUCAAUGACAUUGAGACUUGUCCCGAAGCCCCUCCUGCAUUGUCUUGGCUGUGUGCUUAGGGUCGUUGUCCUGUUGGAAGGUGAACCUUUGCCCCAGUCUGAGGUUCUGAGCACUCUGGAGCAGGUUUUCAUCAAGGAUUUCUCUGUACUUUGCUCCAUUCAUUUUUGCCCCAAUCCUGACGAGUCUCCCUGCCUCUGAAAAACAUCCCCACAGCAUGAUUCUGCCACCACCAUGCUUGACUGUAGGGAUGGUGCCAGGUUUCCUCCAGAUGUGACUCUUGGCAUUCAGGCCAAAUAUUUCAGAUUAUUGUCCUUCUGGAAGGUUCUCCCAUCUCCACAGAGGAGCUCUAUCUAUCCUUGACCAAGGCCCAUCUCCCCUGAGUGCUCAGUUUUGCCAAGCGUUCAGCUCUAGCAUGAGUCUUGGUGGUUCUAAACGUCUACCAUUUUAAGAAUGAUGGAGGCCACUGUGUUCUUGGGGACCUUCAAUGCUGCAGAAAUGUUUUGGUACACUUCCCCAGAUCUGUGCUUCAACACAAUCCUGUUUCGGUGCGCUGCGGACAAUUCCUUAGACCUCAUGGCUUGGUUUUUGCUCUGACAUGCACUGGCAACUGUGGGACCUUAUAUUGACAGGUGUUUGCCUUUCCAAAUCAUGUCCAAUCAAUUGAAUUGACCACAGCUGGACUCCAAUCAAGUUGUAGAAACAUCUCAAGGAUGAUCAAUGGAAACCGGAUGCUCCUGAAGCUUAAUUUUGUGUCUGAUAGCAAGGAGUCUGAAUACUUAUGUAAAUAAGGUAUUUCUUUUUUAAAUAUUUAACUUUGCAAAAAUGUAACUUGUUUUUGUUUUGUCAUUAUUGGGUAUUGUGUGUAGAUUACUGAGGAUUCUUCUUUUUUUUAAAUCCAUUUUAGAAUAAGGUUGUAACAUAACAAAGUGGAAAAUGUCAAGGGGUCUGAAUACUUUCCAAAGGCACUGUAUUAUUUACGGCCCUGCUGUACCGAGCAAGAAAAGUUUGCACCUGCCAUUCCCACUAGGUGGUAGUCAGGACAGAAACAUCAUCGGGGUGCAUCUUGUUAUGUUAUUAGUCAUAAUAAUGAUUGUUUCUGGAGCGAAUGUGGUAUUGUUUUGAAUAAAAUGUAACAUCGUAACUGCA